GAAAGAAAAAGUAUCAAAUUGUGUGAGGGAGGGAGGACACAUCAUCUUCUCUUCUGUCUUUAUCGUCGUCUUCACAUGAAAAAUCUCAACUUAGAACGUUUAGAGGAUUUUAUUUACGUUUUCGUUAAAAAGACUUAGAAUUUUUUACACAUGCUCCUUUUGUUUUCCUCUUUUUCUACUUUUGUAAACCCAAAAGACUUUUGUUUGUUUGUUUGUUGUCUUCUCUCCACUAACUCCUUUCUUUAUCUUAGUCUCAUCUUUGUAAUGUUUUUCUUAAAACAAAUAAAUAAAUGUUACUCUGUUUACGACCAAGGAAACAGCACACUUGUGAUUUCAUAAGCACAUAAAAAAAAACACUCACUUCAUCUUUCCUCUUUUCUUUCUAUAUCAUAUGGGUUUUUAAUAUUGGGGUCACGGUGAAAGGAGCAAUGACGUCUUUUGCUGAACCGGUUUUAUCGACUUCUCUCUGUACAUGCCCUUGCCGUCGAAAACCCCUAAUUCUUCCCCUUUACACGAAAUAUUCGAGUCUACGUCUCGUCAGUGAUAAUACCAAACCAUUGUUUCGCUCAGGCCUUGCUCGAGUUUCACUUAAACGGCGUUUACUCACAGCCGUUGCUCGAGCUGAAUCAGACCAGUUUGGUGAUGAUGACAACUCAAAGGGAAUUGAUAGAAUCCAUCAUGACUUGCAAAAUGUGGAAGAUAAGCAGAAGAAAGCAAGUCAGCUUAAGAAAAGAGUGAUCUUUGGUAUUGGUAUUGGAUUACCUGUUGGAUGUGUUGUGUUAGCUGGAGGAUGGGUUUUCACAGUAGCUUUAGCAGCUUCUGUUUUUAUCGGUUCUCGUGAAUAUUUCGAGCUCGUUAGUAGUAGAGGCAUAGCUAAAGGAAUGACACCUCCUCCACGAUAUGUAUCUCGAGUUUGCUCAGUUAUAUGUGCCCUUAUGCCAUUACUUACUCUGUACUUUGGUAACAUUGAUAUAUUGGUGACAUCCGCAGCAUUUGUUGUUGCAAUAGCAUUGUUAGUACAGAGAGGUUCCCCGCGUUUUGCUCAGCUGAGUAGUACAAUGUUUGGUCUAUUUUACUGUGGUUAUCUCCCAUGUUUCUGGGUUAAGCUUCGCUGUGGUUUAGCUGCUCCUGCGCUUAACACUGGUAUCGGAAGGACAUGGCCAAUUCUUCUUGGUGGUCAAGCUCAUUGGACAGUUGGACUUGUGGCAACAUUGAUUUCUUUCAGCGGUGUAAUUGCGACAGACACUUUUGCUUUUCUCGGUGGCAAGGCUUUUGGUAGGACACCUCUUACUAGUAUCAGUCCCAAGAAGACAUGGGAAGGGACUAUUGUAGGACUUGUUGGUUGUAUAGCCAUUACCAUUAUACUCUCUAAAUCCCUCAGUUGGCCUCAAUCUCUGUUCAGCUCAAUAGCUUUUGGGUUUCUCAACUUCUUUGGGUCAGUCUUUGGUGAUCUUACUGAAUCAAUGAUCAAGCGUGAUGCAGGCGUCAAAGACUCUGGUUCACUCAUCCCAGGACAUGGUGGAAUAUUAGAUAGAGUUGAUAGUUACAUUUUCACCGGCGCGUUAGCUUAUUCAUUCAUCAAAACAUCCUUAAGGCUUUACGGAGUUUGAUUCAUCUACCGAAAACACCAUAGCUUCAGGAAACCUACAAGCAUUUCCACGGCAUGUUGUAGCUGUGAAACAAAUGGUGCAGUGUUCAGUGUUGUUGUUGCCUUCGAGAGAUCCAGAGGACUUUGUAGGAGGUGAAAGCAGAGGCUGGGUCUUUAUGUCUGAUUGCAGCCGGUAGGUUGCUUCUUGAUACGAUGUAACAACCGGUUUGCGUUUGGUUUAUGAUUGAUAGUUGACCCAAAAGGCCAGUCUUUAGGGGUGCAUAAUUUGGUAUACAAAGUUUAUUAUAUUCAUGUUUUAAACAUUUAGAUAAACCGUAAGCUUAUUAGAAACAACACUUUUUGUUCUUGUGAAAAAUGUAUAGAGUUUGACUUUAUUAAAACUACCAUAAACAUGAUUAAUAAUG